UAUGACAGAAUUUUUUUCCUGUCUCGAGUCUGUGUGGGGCUCGCGCAUAGGUUUUUAAGUGGUCCGGUCAAAAAACAAAAAUAAGUCCAAAAGUAAGAGUGGAUCGACACAGUUGAAUUAUCCUGAUGCAAGAUCUUCGGCGAAUGAAUACAAGUCUCCUUGGAUGUUGAGGUUGCUGGCAAGGUCUCGCUAGCUAGCUAACAUAAACAAAUCACAUUUCAGAAGCUAGCUAUCCUGUCUCGAGUCAAGGUCCAACAGUAGGAAGGUGUUGUUCCAUGCUGGUUAAUGACGGCAUCCAUUGUGCACUGGGCAAUCAACAAGACAAAUGUUUGUCUGCCUGUGGAAGAGGUUUAAUUAAGGAUACACACAUUUUAUCAACAGACGCCAUCACCGUCUUCCCCCUUCCCCAGAUCUGUGUGCCUCGCCCGCUCCACCAUGUUCUGGAAGUUCGACCUGCACACCUCGUCCCACAUCGACAAGCUGCUGGACAAGGACGACGUGACCCUGCGGGAGCUGAUGGAGGAGGAGGACGUGCUGCAGGAGUGCAAGGCCCAGAACCGUCGCCUGCUGCUCUUCCUCAGCCAGGAGCACUGCAUGCGCGAGCUGGUCCACCUGGUCAUCCGGGAGCCACCCGAGGACGUGGAGGAGGAGUUCCGCUUCAAGUUUCCGAACGUGGCCUGCGAGCUCCUGACGUCGGACGCCAGCCAGAUUAACGACAAGCUGGGCGGAGACGAGACUCUGCUGGAGACCCUGUACAGCUUCCUGGAGCAGGAGCCCCCGCUCAACCCCCUGCUGGCCAGCUUCUUCAGCAAAACCGUCGGCAACCUCAUCGCCCGAAAAACAGAACAGGUCAUUGCGUUUCUAAGGAAAAAGGAUGGGUUCAUCGGCCUGGUGCUGAAACACAUGGACACGUCGGCCAUGAUGGACCUGAUACUUCGUCUCAUAAGCUGUGUGGAGCCUGCCCCCUUGAGACAGGAGGUCCUCGUUUGGCUCAAUGAGGAGAGGCUGACUCAGAGACUGGUGGAGCUGAAUCGCGCAGGGCACGAUGAGGAGAGGCAGUCCAACGCGGCGCAGACGCUGUGUGACAUGAUCCGGCUGAGCAGAGACCAGGCCCUGCAGUACCAGGAGACGCCGGAGCUCGACCCGCUGCUCGCGGUGCUGGAGUCGCCGGAGACUGUGGAGGAGCUGCUAAAGACCAUGUUCGAAGGGGAGAAGAACGAGUCCUGCAUCCUCAACGGAACUCAAGUGCUACUUACUUUACUAGAAACCAGGAGGCCUGGGGUGGAAGGGCUGAUGGACCUGUGUUCUCAGGGUUUUGAAAGGUCUUACACUGUCAAUAGCGGCGUUCUGCGCGGGAUCCAGCCUCACCUGAAGGACUUCCACCAGGUCCUCCUGGACCCUCCCAAGAAAAGUGCAAUACUGACGACUAUCGGGGUGCUGGAGGAGCCGCUGGGGAACGCCCGCCUGCACAUCGCCCGCCUGGUGGCCUCCCUGCUGCAGAGCAGCACCGGCAGCAUCAGCCAGGAGCUCUGCCGCCUCAACACCAUGGCUGUGUUACUAGAUUUAUUUUUCAAAUACACCUGGAAUAACUUUUUGCACUUUCAAGUGGAGCUGUGCGUGGCAGCUGUCCUGAGCCACUCGGGCCAGGAGGAGAAGCCGCAGGACGGUCUGGAGAAAGAGGCAGAGGAGAGGGCCCAGAGCAGCGCCACGGACGCACCCGAAACCUCAGGACACGGCGUCCUGGUGGCUCACCUGUUCCAGAAUUGCCGCUUAGUGCAGAGGAUACUAGAUGCCUGGGAAGAGAACGACAAAAUCCAGGCAGAGGGGGGAAUGAGGAGGGGCUACAUGGGACACCUGACCCGAAUAGCCAACACUGUGGUACAGAACAUGGCCAAAGGGCCUGUUCAGGCACAGAUCAGCAACCUCAUCAAAGAGCUCCCAGAAGACUGCAGAGGACGCUGGGAGAGCUUUGUGGAUGAGACCCUGACAGAAACCAACAGGAGAAACACAGUGGAUCUGGUGAGCACACACAACCUGCACUCCUCCAGUGAAGACGAUGACAUGGAGGGCCCCUUCCCCAACGAACUGUCCCUGCAGCAGGCAUUUUCAGACUAUCAGAUCCAGCAGAUGACCGCAAACUUUGUGGAUCAGUUCGGAUUCAACGACGAAGAGUUUGCGGAGCACGAUGAGAACAUCAACGCCACCUUUGAUAGGAUUGCGGAGAUCAACUUCAAUGUGGAUGCCGAUGAUAUCAGUGCCAAUUCCGCAGCGUUCGAGGCUUGCUGCAAGGAGAGGAUACAGCAGUUUGACGACAACGAGGAGGAAGAGGACAUUUGGGAGGACAAAGAGAUAAACUAUGCAACAAAAGUCAAGUCGAGAAUGAGGUUUGGAGUCUCUCGGACCGCGGACAAUUCCCCCCGGAGCGACGUGGAGAAUGGGGAGCAGGACCGGAGUUGUGAUUCAGACGAGGAGGAGGAGGAGGAGGAGGAGGAGGAUGAGGAAGAGGGGCCUACAGAUCCCACCAUCACGGAAAACAACAAGAACAAGAGCCCAGCAGAGGGCAAUGAGGCAGAGUUCCCCGAGGCCGCAGACUCAGGGUGGACGGCCGGUUUCGAGGACCUGGGGAACGCCCAGGCCCCUGCCCCCUGCGUGGUGGUGGACGUGGGCUCCAGCGUUUGGGACACAGCUGCCCGCCAGAACAGUGCUGGAGAGAGUGAGGAUAAAGGCUGGGCCACCUUCUCCGAUUUCCAGCCCUUCUGCUGCUCAGAGUCUGGCCCCAGAUGUAGCUCCCCCGUGGGCAUGGAGAGCCCCAACUCUGAGGGGUGUCCAAAGCAAACCCAGGACAAGAACUUGAAGAGCUCGUCGCCCUGCGCGUGGAACGUCUGCGCCUCCCGGAAAGCCCCCCUGGUGGCCUCGGACAGCAGCUCCUCCGGUGGCUCCGACAGCGAGGAAGAGGAGGAGAAAUCCCCCGCCGCCGCCGCCGUCGUCACGGCGACCGUCACGGCCGCGGGAGCGGGAAAAGAGGCCGUCAGACUCGCCGCGGACGCCAAGAACGAGAAGGCCGCCUUCAAGAGCAGCGUCGCGGACUCCGUGCCCAUGGACAAGCUCAGCAUCACAGACGGGCCCCAGAGGGGCAGUGAGACCCCAAACCGGACUGAGGCGCCCUCUGCCGCCCCGCUCAGCUCCCCCGCCCCCGAGAGCAGAGCCACAAACCUCACUGUGACAGACAGGAAAGGGGAGACCACCGCACCAGUGGAGCCGUCUCUCAACGGGCCGGUCUGAUGGUGCUGGUACGGGGACAGGGACAGGUUGGACCCCAUUUCUGUGCCGCUUUAAUUCUCCUCAAAAAAACAAACAAACAAACAAACAAACAGACAAAAACAACCUCUCCUGAACCCAUGCAACUUCGACGUACUUCGACGUUUCUUCAAAAUACAUAAAUGCUGCGAUGUUCCUGGGCCCUGCCAGUCAGGGUCAGUAAAAAAACGGGGGGGGUGGGAAUGGGGACGUGGGUGAACUCAGAGGCGUUAAGGUGACGCGCCGAAGAGUCUUUUGUUUUUUGCCCAGUGUCAAAAACAAUUUUCCUGUUUUAAAUGUAGCACUGAAGUUUCCAUUUUCUCCGCUUCCUGAGAGGAAGACGUCGGUCUGUUAAAAAAAAAAUCCGCACUUCCUCUGCACCGGGUCCCGCUCCCAUCGGCCAGCGUGCGUGUGUCUGUGUGUCGACGCAAAGAGGUACACGGAACAGCUUCCCGACCCUCUUUGGGUUUUAAAUCAGCCGUCGCUGGGAGCCCCGACAGAGCCGCGCUCGUCAAGGCCUGAGGAGGAGGAGGACUGCAGUGUCUGCCGACGUUUUUGUGCACGUUUCAGCGCAUCGACGCGAUUCGUCCGCUACAGUGUGUUCACACCUUGCUUCCAAGGCCAAAGUUCUGCCGCUGAUCGAACGGGAAACCGCCGAAAAAAAAGCGUGCAGACACUGCGGCCCUCCGGGGUUGAGUUCGACGCGCCUCGUCUAGAGAUCGACACCGGGGUGGGUGGAAGCUGAUUUCUCGUAAGGGACAGGGGGUGGCAGUGUGUUUCAUGGUUUACUUUUCCCCUUUAAGCACCUGCAUUUUUAUAGAUUUUUAUAGUCAUAGAUUUUAUUUAAAUUGCUACCUGUGAUUUACAGCCGGCUGCCUGUUGUCCUUGCUUGUGUUUCCAAAUGAUACAAGACUCAAGUUCUUUCUUUCCCCACUGAUGUAACCAGACAUUUACUUCUUUGCAUUUUAUUUUCCAAAAAGCAAUGCCGAGAGAUUUUUGUACAUAAAUUUAAUACAGAUGUAGUCUUUUGAAUUUGUAAUGACUUUGCUCAUUGCACCCAGAAAAAAUAAAAGCAAUGCAAUGAUUCUUCAAAGAGAAACCAAGUAGGAAUGUCUUGUGAAACGGUACUUUGUCACUUCCAAGUUAUGUCGCCCCCCCCAAAAAAACAUUCCAAAAAACCUACUCUUCAAAGGGUUAAAAGAAAUGAGAAGGGUUUGUUUCGCCAAUGCAAGCCAAUCAGACGGAUUACAUUUCAAAGUAUGUGACUCACAAGCCAGAUGCUUGUGUAAUGUUUAAUAACAGAACUCCUGGAUUGCAAGUAAUUGUGUAUUCAUUUUUUUUUAAAUUAUGUUUUAUCCAUUCAAAUGGCUCUUUCUUGUUUGUGAGAUAGACGAGUCAGUACAAAUUAAUUUAUUUAAUUGGAAUGGAAUUAAUGUAGCACAUGGUAUAAUCACACAGUCAAAUAUUUUGCACGGCAUUGAAACAUUUAUUUGGACAUAACUCAGUGCCUGUGUUGGCUUCGGCAUAGCUAACUUAAGGUUCAUAUCAUCAAGACUGCCACACCCUCAAGUUGAACUAAAGCUUUCAUGGCUUUCUGACUUGAGUGUUGCAUUUAACAUUUUUUGCACUUAAAAUUGUGACAAGAUAUACAGUCUUUUUUUUUUUUUUUUUUUUUUUCAAGCAUUGUGUGGUUACAGUGUUUUGUGUUUCCAUUUUUGUCCAUGAAUAGACACCUUUGCACAAGAGGAUGUGUGUGUUUGGAUAGUUUCUAAAAUAAUGGUGGACAAACACACUGAAAGUUAUUUUCGUUCAGAGUUAAUUCUCAGAAUUAUAUACGGCUUUCCGUAACAGCUGUUUUUUGUUUUCAUUUUGUCUGUGUGUAUGUGUGUGUGUGUGUGUGUGUGUGUGAGUGAGAGAGAGAUAGUGUGUGAGAGUGAGAGAGUGUGUGAGUGUGUGCGUGCGUGAGUCAGUGCGUGUGUGAGUGUGAGUGCGAAUGUGUGUGAGUGAAUGAGUCAGUGUGUGUGUGUGUGUGUGUAUGUAUGUAUGUGUCUGUGUGUGUGUGUGUGUGUGUGUGUGUGUGUGUAUGUAUGUGUGAUGUGAACCCGAAGAUUUGCUUCCUAUGCUGUACAUGUGCUUUCUUUCUGAAAUUUCAAAAACAAUGUAGUCGAGGAGGGGGGAAAAGUUCUCCUUGAAGGUUUUUUUCAAAGCCAAGAUGUAUUGCCUAUUUUUUUAAUGUUGUAAAAUCCUUUUUCUUUUCUUUUUUUUAACCAAAUUAUUUUAUUUACUAUAGAAAUGUUUCAUUUUGAUAAAUAUGAACAGCCAAAUCUUUCUCCCCCUCGUCCUUCACAUGAUCACCAACUGUAGAGAGGUUCAGUAUCAAGAAAUAAAUAUAAAACCACCACUUGAAUGAGCAUAAGGGUUUCCUUAGAAGGCAGACUUUCAGUAGAGUCUUACAGGGCCUCAGUGUCUACAAUGUUAUGAUGUAGAAUAGAUCUCACAUAAAAUUUAACCAUCUAAAUCCUGUAGUACUCCAAGCCUUGAGGACAGCAAUCUUUCCAACCCAAGUUCUUAUUCUUUGUUAUCUUUUAUUGUUUUGACAGUUUUAAUUGGGCUGGUCUACAAGACACUUUGUUUGCAGAUCCGACACGUGGAGUGAAUUAAACUUUUAUUCUCAGGUCAAUCGAGUUAAUGGUGUCUGUGACAAGGAAACUCUCCCCAUAAACGGGAGGAGGGGUGCAGUGGUAGGGAGGCCUAUUAUACAUUUAUCUUUUUCCCAAAAUGGCUAAUUGCAAUCGACCGUCCUCUGGUCCGGGGUAUUGUGAAUAUAAAAAUCUACUUUGUAAAGACCGGAUGGGUGUCUUCGUCAGUCAUACCGCACCGCGAUUAAACCAGCGUCGACACCCCGAUGCGGUUAUCUUUUCCCGUCGCAGAGCACAAGACGACAAACGGGGUCAGUUCAAUGGACUUCUUGAGCGACGAUCCGAUGUUUUCGGUCUCGUUUUCGGGAAAGUAGAAAUGGGCAUUCGUGGCACUCCCAAACACGUCGUUAUCAUUGGACUGGAAUUGCCACUUGAUGAUUAAUUUAAUUGAUUAAAUUAAUUCUCCACUCACCCCCACAUUGUGGCAAUAUCUGGUUAUUUACUGUACACCGUUUGACUGGACGAAGCAUUUUCUCUGUGGCUUUACUCAUUUGUAAAAUUGAAUAUAUUUUUUGAUUAAAUCUACGAGCAGGAAAGUUUAUUUUGCCGGUUGCAAUAUUAUUUGUUUGAAUCGAUAGGCAAUAAUAGUAUCUUCCUUAUUUUGUUCCGCCCCAGCAUCAGUUACCUCUGGAACAUGCUUCCCCUAAAUUAUUCAUUCAAAUAAUUCAAUUAUUUGAAUUAUAGGAAAACUAUAUACAAAACAGACUUGAAUUGCAUUAAAAAAAAGUACAAAAUAAAAUUACAAAAAAAAAAACAGCAGUUCCCGGAAGAAAAUUUGACACAUACAGUCACUAUUUUCAGCUAAAUUGGUGUUUGUAUUUUAUAUGUGCUUUUAAAACUUGACAUUUUAUAAGAAAAUAACCCAAAGCAAGGAGGAUCUAGAAUACAUAGAAAGUAUUAAAAUGGGCUGCAGGACACUUCUUAGAUAUAAAGUAUUUAUUUUUCUUGGAUGAGUUUUUUGGUUUUGUUUUUUUACUCUUUUUUUUUUUUCCUGCUGCACGUAUUAAUUGUGUACAACUGUGAUUCCACAGACAAACAUGGUAUGAAAGUUCAUGUUCAUAUACUGUAUAAUUUUUUUCAGUGGAUCUUUUUUUUUUUUUUUUAAAUGAUUUUUUUUUUGUCAGAUGCCUGCUUGAGUAGUAUUCAGGCUUGUGUGCACUGUUUUUUAUUUUCAGUUUGAACUGAAAUCUAUAAUUGCAUAUGUUUUUUGUUUUUUUUAAUCUUGUGGCCUCAUGAAAACUUUAAAUGUAAAAAAACUAAAUGGCCGCGCUUGCUCAUUAAAAAGAUGAGAAGGUACAUCACAUGUAAACUGUAUAACACAGGGCUGGCUAUCAGUGCUCGCCAGGGCUCCAAAGCAUAUGAAUUCACGCAGCUCCUGAAAACUAGCAAAAUAUUCACGACCUUGAAAUUGUUGGAGAAGUACACUUUUGGAUUGGAUUGUUUUUUUGUUUUUUUUCAGUUUCCACAGAAACCAUUACCAAUCUGGACACAGAUGGUUUUAACAUUUAUCAUGAUUCUUUUGGUGGCCUUUUCUGUAUUCAACUGUAUGCAAGUAACUGGUUGAGUACAACUGCAUAAUGGGUUAGAUUUAAAAAUCACAGAAAACACAGUGAACAUUUCUAAAAAGAAACAGGCUUUGUUGUGUUCCACUGUCUGCAAUGUAAUUUCUGUAACGUAUAAAAUGUGUUUAUAUAUGAGGUACAGAAGUGGAUUGAGAAAUGGUAAAAAUGCUAAUGGAAAAGCAACCUUGUACUGCCUUCAGAGUCCAUGCAUUUUAUGAUUUCAGAAUCCAAGGUCUCAGUUGCUUGGUCAAAAGCCUUUUUGUAUUGUAAAACUGAUGCUGGUGGUUUUCCUUUUUUGUAUAAACACAAUACUGUACCUGCUUAUCUGUUGUCAAAUUUAGGCUGUAAAUUCAAAUAUAAAGCAAAUAAAUAUUUAAAAAAUGAA